AUGCAGCAGGAGCGUGGGGAGCAGAGCCCGGGCCCCCCCGAGGUCGAGGUCAAGGCUGUCGUCGUGGGGGACGGAGGCUGCGGGAAGACGUCUCUGCUGGUGGCCUUCGCCAGGGGAGACUUCCCCAAGGUCUACGUCCCCACCGUCUUCGAGAAGUACACGGCCUCCCUCCAGGUUUGCAGCAAGCCCGUGAAGAUCCACCUCUGGGACACGGCAGGACAGGAAGACUAUGACAGGCUUCGCCCGCUGUCCUACUCAAAUGCCAACGUUGUCCUCAUCUGCUUUGACGUCACCAACCCCAACAGCUACAACAACAUCCUAACGAAGUGGUACCCGGAGGUGAACCACUUCUGCAAGGGCGUCCCAGUGCUGCUGGUGGGCUGCAAGACCGACCUGCGGCAGGACCGGGAGGUGCUGCGUAAGCUGCAGGAGGGACGCCUGGAGCCCAUCUCUUACCAGCAGGGAGAGGCCAUGGCCCGGCAGGUCCACGCCGUGUCCUACUUGGAGUGCUCGGCCAGGUACCAGGAGAACGUCGGGGACAUCUUCACGGAAGCCUGCAGUGCCGCCCUCAGCGCUGCCCGCCGGAAUCAGCGCAGGAGGCGACCCAGGAGGGGCUGCGUGCUCUGCUGA